AGCUCGAGGCGGGUGCUGUGAUCGAGCCCGGCCCCGCAGCGGGGCGGCCAUGGCGGCUCCCAUCGGGCAGGAUGAUGACGCGGGCCUGGCCUCCCAGCCGGAGGUGCUGAGCAACUUCAGGGCGGCCGUUGGGGCCAGGAAGCAUGCCGUCGAGAGCCACGUGAGGAUGAGAGCGCAGCGCUACGCGGUCGCAGACAGCCACGCGCAGUCGCUCGGAGAGGAGGGCCGGCUUGAGGCCGUGCAGGCCCACCACGAUUUCGAGAACGAGAUGGUACGGAGGUCGAGGAUCGGGGACCUGCCCUGCGCUCGCCAAUCCUUGGCCCUUCUCCGGGCCUCUGGAGGCCACUGUGGGACCUCGGGGGGCCUCCGCGAGCUCCCCCACUCCACUUGCCCCUCUUUUCUCGCCCCCCACGUGGGAGGAGGUAGGAGUGGGAGGGGCGCGGGGAUGGAUCGGCGAGUCGAAGAGGGAUUUCACAGAGGAGGAGGUGGACGACGGCAGACUUCGAGCAGUUGCGUGUGCUCGGCGAGGGCGGGUUUGGCACAGUGCACCUGGUCCAGUCCCGUGGGUCCCAGCAUCUUCUUGCCCUCAAGCAGAUGAGCAAGGAGGCGCACAAGAGGAAAAACAAGCGCGUAUUCACCGAGAGGAAUGUGCUUGCAGAGGCUAGGAGCACAUGGAUCGUUGAGCUCUUCGCGACCUUCCAAGACCGAGACUACGUGUUCAUGGCCAUGGAGUUCGGCCAGGGAGGGGACCUGCGUGGCCACCUGCAGAGGAGGGAGCCGGGCAACGGCGAGUACGGGCGCUUCACCCACGACGAGGUAGUCUUCUACACCGCGGAGUUGCUGGAAGCGCUGGAUACCGUGCACAAGUGCGGCUUCGUCCACCGCGACAUCAAGCCGGACAACAUCGUGCUCACACGUGAGGGGCACCUGAAGUUGCUCGACUUCGGCCUCUGCAUCGGUAAUGCCGACCAGCAAGACCUCUGCGGCUCCCCGCCCUACCUGGCCGCGGAGGCCUUUGAGGGCCCAGGCGCGUUUAGCCCGGCCAGCGACCUCUGGGCGUUGGGCGUAGUGGCCUUCGAGUGCCUCUACGGCCGUCCGCUCUGGCCCCCGCCCCGCGAGCUUUCGAAUCAGGGUCCGGCGGCUUUCAGGUGGCUGAAAGAGAACGUCAUCGUGCGGUACGAGCACUACCUGCGCACUAACCUGAAGAGCGCGGAGCGGAAGGGGCUGCUCACCAGCGAGUUGAGGCGCCUCUUCGAGCGGCUGAUCUGCCCCCGCGGCAACCGGCUGCGCGCGGACGCCCUUCGCAGGGAGCCGCUCUUCAGGUGCCUGGACUUCGGGGCCCUUCACGAGGUCGAGCCACCGAUCAGGCCGGCCCUCUCGGGCCCGGACGACACGUCCAUGUUCCCGCAGUGCCCCGACAGGAGGCUGCCCUCGCCUUACUCCGGCCCUGGCGUCGACCCCGCCCUCAGCUGGAGCUGGUACGAGCUCGACGGCGAGAGUCACCACAUGUCGAGGCCGGACGUGCUGAGAGACCGCCUGAGGCGGAGCGGCCAUGGCGGCGCUUGAGCGGCCCAGCGCGCUCGUGCCGGGACGGGACGGGAGCGCGUGGCGGGGUCAGGGUAGAGUCGAGGAAUGAGAACAGUAUCAGCACUUCCCGUCUGACGGGGCCCUGAUCAUCCGGAAUCGGCUCUGUGCAUGUGCGCAGGCCCAGCCGGCAGCACGCACACGCCAAUCGUGGGGCUCCCAGGCGGGGAUGUAUCCAGAACCACCGCCCGGGGUAUCGAUCUUUGGGGAUGUCGGCAGGCAUUGGAUGUGGAUGUGUCCGAUCCGCUGGGGUCCCUUUCGUAUCAAUGUCCAUUGUCCCGUGGUGUCCCAGGAAGGCGGUUCCCCAGGCGGUGGGUACGAACAUCUCCCUGCCUUGCAAUGUCUGCCUCUGUGCGCGCUGCUGCCGCGCCUCCUAGCCUCUCCGUCCCUCGCCUCCUCGCUGGCCUUGGCCAGGGAACGCCUUCCGGUGCAGUCCCGCGGCGAGCCAGCGGACAGUUGCGUCCAGGUCGGAGGGUUGGGUCGGGUCGGACUGGUGUCCUAUUUCAGGGCUCAGGGCUGCCCUUAGCACUCCCUAACGAAUCGGCUGCGAGAGCCCGCUCGCCUUUUUCAGGCUAUCCUCGAAUCGGCGGGGGCGCCGCCCUCAGACUUUUGUGCGCGCGCUCUUGCCCUCUCUGCACGACUGGGCGCCAGACCAGAAACGUUAGGCGGACGCGAGGAGCCAGAGC